UUGGGAGUGGGUUCCUAAAAUUAUACAAUAAAGUUUCAACCUUUUGUGUUGUUUGUGUCAAAUUACAUGAAUUUGGUGGUGAAUUAAGUUUCUUAAUUGAAUUGUAAAAAUGUCAUCUUGUUUAAGUGGUGGUAGAGCUUAUGGAUUUGAUAUAGAAAAUAUCAUGAAAUGCCAAUCAACAACUUCUUCAAGUAGAAAUUCUCAUUCAUCUUCUUCACCAUCAUCAACUCUUUCUGAAUCUAGUAACUCUCCUAUAACAAUCUCAAACCGAAAACCUCGAACCCCUCGAAAAAGACCAAACCAAACAUACAAUGAAGCAGCUGUUCUUCUUUCCAUAGCUUGUCCCAAAGUUUUCUCAACUAAAAACCUCACAAAAAAGAACAACAAAAACAACAAACUUUCAAAAUUCACUAGACAAUGUUCAAUUGGUACUAAUUCAAUACACGAAUCAUCCGAAUUACUUAUCGAAAACUCGGGUUUUCUCCUUCAUGAACCUUGUAUGGAAAAACAAAAACCACCACCCAAUUCGGUACUUGAGUCAAAAGUGUUGAACUCUUGCCAAAAUAGUCCGGAUGGAAUUGAAUUCCGGAGUUCUAAUUCCAUGGAAUUGUGUGAUGAUGGAUUUGGAGAUGAUUUUGAUACAGAGUCAAUGCUUGAUGAAGAAAUGGAAGAAGGGAUUGAUAGUAUCAUGGGAAACACUUGUUCUAACUACUCGAAUAUCGAAAAGGAAAAGUAUACAAAUACUUGUUAUGGGUAUCCAAUGGGGUUAGGAUUUGGAGGGAAUUUGGAAUUCAAUUUUGGAUUUGGAAUGAGGAAUGGAGUAAGGGCAUUGAAGAAUGGUGAUGAUGGGCAUUGGUGGAAUUUUCCGGUGGUGAAUGUUUCGCCGGCGGUGGUUCCGGUGAAAGUGAAGAAACCUCCGGUGGAAAAGAAGAAAAAGAAAGUUGAGGAUUUGAUGAAAAGGUCGGAACCGGAAUUGGAAUUGGAAUUGCGAGAGGAACGGAAAUGUAUUCCGGAGAUAAUUGCGACGAAUAAAUUGUCGCUGAAAUUGAAUUAUGACGACAUUUUGAAUGCUUGGUCGGAUAAAGGGUCACCGUUGCCGGAGGAAAUUUCCGGCUCGGAGUCUCCCGGAGGUGAUAUACAUACCAGAUUGGCUCAAAUUGAUUUAUUCUCGGAAAAUGGUGGAUUAAGAGAAGCUAGUGUGAUGCGUUACAAAGAGAAAAAACGUACACGUUUAUUCUCUAAAAAAAUUAGAUACCAAGUGAGGAAGGUUAAUGCCGAUAGACGACCUAGAUCUAAGGGACGGUUUGUUAGAACGCCAGACUCUCCAACUUGUGAAGAUCAAUAACAUACACACCCAUUAUAGCCCCCAAAUACUUUGUUCAUCAUCUAUUGGGUCUUUUUUCUUUUCUUUUUGACACUUCUAGACCUUUAGUAUCUUUCUUUUCGUACAACAGCUAUGUAGUGUUGAUGUCAAUGUGAGACUAGUUAAAAAAAAGGAGAAAUGGAUAGGAAGGAGAUAGUGAAAUGAGAGAAUCCACAUUUUUGUUAUUAAUUCUGUUAUAAAUUUUGAUCUUUUCAAUAUUUGUAGAAGAGAUGAUAGAUAUCAAUAAGUUUACAUGAACUUUACAUCUUUCAA